UUUCAUUUCUGCAAGCAAAGAAACACUAUGGUCCUGCAUCUCUUCAAGAAAAUUAUGACACGUGGCCCUCUUGAUUGACUUGUCGGCUGCAUUUUUGCCUGCGUGAAAAGCCAUCUCUCCCUUAUCAUUUUCUAGGCCAUCUUGAAUGUUCCACUUCCUCGGUGCACGGUUCAAGGGGUGACGGCGCUGCUCUUUUCCAUCUGACUUCUCUGUCUGUAUUGUCACUCUACAGUCUGACAAACAUGCUGGAUGUAAGAGUUUCUAAAUAACUGUUUGGUGAUAGAAACUCUGAGCUGCAGGCGAGUGGAGGGGCAAGAUACAACGUGAUUUGGAAGUGUCAAAAAAAGAAAAAGAAAAAAGGCAGAUCAGGAAGGAGGAAGUAAAGAGAAGAAGAGAGAGCUGACUGGAAAGAAUGAACUCUUAGAAUACACUUUGUUUUUGUGUUUGUGUGAGCACAUGUGAAAGAGAGAAUGUGUGCAAGCGUGUUUGUGUGUGUGUAACCUUCUCCAAUUUUGAAGAAAUGUCUCUUAGACUACCUCGCAACUGGGACUUCAGCACCUUCAGAGCUGAAACUGCCAAGAUAGCCCGCUCCAAGAGUGUUAUGCCAGGGGAAGGAAGCCCUGGGUCCACUCACACAGGCAUUAAACCUCUGAAGAGAGGCUGGCUAAAGAAGCAGAGAUCCAUCGUGAAGAACUGGCAGCUGCGCUUCUUUGUGUUGAGAGGAAAUGUCCUUACAUACCAUAAGGAUGAUAGAGAGAGUGCAGUCCAGGGGACCAUCCCUUUAUUCUCAUGCCAAGUUAAUGAGCUGCCAUCAAAUGCGGAUGAUAAAUUCCUGUUUGAGAUUAUCCCAGAUAGCUGUUCAGAUCGGGAACGUGAUAUCUACGUUCUCAUGGCGACAAGUCAAAGCGAGAUGGAAGAGUGGGUGCGCUCAAUCCGCAAAGCCAUUGGAUCACGGUCGAAUCAUGUAUUUGGAAAGAGUCUUUCAGACAUCAUGGUGUAUGAGAAGAAAUUUGGGUCUCGUCUGGUGCCCAUUCUGGUGGAGAAGUGUGCAGAAUUUAUCAGAGAGCACGGUCUACAUGAAGAGGGAAUCUUUCGCCUGCCAGGUCAGGACAACCAGGUGAAGCAGUUCAGGGAGGCCUUUGAUGCUGGAGAGAGGCCUUCAUUCCCCAGCGACACAGAUGUCCACACGGUGGGGUCAUUACUUAAGUUGUACCUCAGAGAGCUUCCUGAGCCUGUUGUACCCUGGACCCAGUAUCAGGACUUCCUUGACAGCACCCUGGUGCUGGAUGCCGCCACUGCAGCAGGCAAAGAAAAACUGGAGAAACAGAUCAGCCUUCUGCCAAAAGUGAACUACAACCUCUUAAGUUACAUCUGCAGAUUCCUUUUUGAGGUUCAGCAGAAUUCAAAAGUUAAUAAAAUGAGUGUUGAAAAUCUGGCCACAGUGAUGGGAGUGAACCUAUUUAAACCGCAAGUGGAGGACGCCAUCAGUAUGAUGAAAGGAACUCCCAUGAUACAGAAGGUAAUGACAGUGAUGAUCAGACACCACGAGCUGCUCUUCCCACUUUCCAAAGAUGUGAUGCCGUCUCCUCCCCCCAGCAAGAAAAACAAGAGUAAGAAGACCAGCAACCCUCGUAGUUUUGUGGGCUGGGAGUCUGCUGAGUGUGAGGUGUCUUCUCUGUCCGAGUCUCCUGAGGAGGAGGACGUAGACACACCUGAGGCUGAGAGGAGGGACGUGUGGCCAUCUGAAGUAGGGUCAGAGGAGGCACCUAUCUCUCCUUCCUCUCCAAUUUCCCCUGUGUUGGACACAUGGACCGGCAGCCCCAGAAAGCGAACUCAAACUCUACCCAGCUUGGGCUGUCCGGCAGUGGGGACAAAAGGCAGAGAGCCGACUUGGGAUCACUGGAGCAAGUUCCAGGAAAGCUUCAACGAGAGUGAUGAGAAGACACUCUCAGAGGACAUUUUUAAAAUACUUGACCUCCAGAAAGUGACACUUUUUUCUGGAGGGCAGAAAAGUGAAAAUGAAAAAGUGGAAGAGGAAAAUGAAAAGGAGGACACAGGCUUGGAUAAAACAUGUAAUGAUGUUGUCAAAGAAACAGAUUCUCCAAAAGAACAGACACAGAGUACAGUUCCCAUGCCCAAACCUAGACUGACCAAAGAGGUGAGUGCACUGAGUUUGGGCAGAGAGAAGCCAGCAGAACUUGAAAGUGGAACCGUCCUACAGCAAAGCAAUGCAAGCCAGCAGAAAAACGCAGACACAACGCACCUUAUCAAUAGUAUCCAGCAGAAGAACAGAGAGCUGAGUGCUACAGUAGCUGAGCUCCAGGCAGCACUUGAGGCAGAGCGACGCUGUAAAGCUGCAUUUGAAAUCUUACUGCGCAACGCUGAGCGCAGCAGGGACGAAGCUCUCAUGCGCAAUGAGCAGCUUAACAGAGACAUUCAGGAGUUCCUCAACAGGCCUACUUCCGGGACAUCAUAGUGCCACCAUCAAGCAAUUGUAGAUCAAAUCUUAGUCCUUUCCAGCUUUUCAUUGGAAUUAUGGAUGAUCCAGACAAUUCAAUGGUGUUUUGGACACUGAUCCUAUGAACUGCACUGACUAAUGUCUUUGUACUUGUCUGUAACAAGAUUUGAGCUGUUUUCUCCCCUGAGCUAUAACAAAAAUAUGAUAUUGGAAUUUCAGUUUGGAGGAUAGAAUUCCCAAAAUAUUAUUAUUAUUAUUUUUUAGACAAUUUUAAACUAGAUGUUUAAAACCAACAUACAUCGACAUGGAAAACAAGCAUUUGUGCAACUGAACUUCUGACUCAACACACUGUAGUUACUGAAAUAUAGCCCACAGUUUCCCUGUAUCAGCUAGCCCCAGGUUUCCCCAAUAAUGCAAUAAGUGCUGGAUUUGGACCCUAAAGUCACAGAAGAUUUGCCCUUUUUAUUUUAAUGAAUAAAUUAAAGAGGUUUAAUUUUUUUAUUAUUUAUGCAGUCAAUGGAUUGAUGCUUCAGAUGCUUAGAGAGUCUGUGAGCAAUUUGGUGUAAUGGACAAAAAGCACAGAAUGUGGAUUACUGUCAAUAAAUAAACAGUUUUAUCUGGCUUUUCUUUCCUGCACCUCAGCUUCUGUUCUCUGGUUGGAGUCAGAUAGUGUGUCAGAGGAGAUAAAAUGUGACAGAGUGUGAGAGAGAAAUGGGAAGAAUGCUUUCAGAUCAGAAUUCACAGAGAAAGAGAAAGCGCUGUGUGUGUGUGUGUGUGUGCGUGUGUGUUUUGGAGUCUGGUAAAAAGACUCCAGGCAUUACGUAAGUAAGAGAGGAACGGAUAGCAUUGUGUCUGUUAGCUGUCAUAAUACCGAUUAAAUGAUAGAGAAGGAAUUUCCUAUUUCCGAUCAGGCUGGAUUAUAAAGAAUAUGUGUUGCUCAAAAUAAAAAUAAAAACAAAACAAAGAAUGUGUGAAUAUAUGACAAGAGUAAUGUAUGUGGUAAAAUUCUAGUUUGUUCUUAGAUAGAAUUCAACAGAUGUUUUCCAGAUGUAUUUCUUGUGCACUCAGAUUGAGUUCCUGGCAAUGCAACAGUUAAGCUAUCCAACACAGCCAUCAAGUGUAUUUACUACAUACAGGGAAGAUAAUCUUUCCUGGGAAGAGGGGAACAGAGAGAAAAUGCAUUACAGCAUGUGACGUGUGUACUGGUUACUGGGUCAACAUUUUACAUAUGCCCAUCUAAAACCUAAAUAACUAACUGUCACACUUCACUUCUAAUCAGAUUCACAUUUACAUAAACCGAUUUGAAGGAAUGGAUCACCCCCCCAAAAUAUUAUUGUUAUUUUCUCUUUGUCUUUCCAAUGUCAUAUGUUGAUGUUUAAACAUUUAGACCACAAUUUUUGUUCCCUUCCCCUCUGCCUGAGCUUACAAAUUUAAAAUUAGUUUGCAUUCGGGGGCCUGGGUAGCUCAGCGAGUAAAGACGCUAACUACCACCCCUGGAGUUGUGAGUUCGAAUCCAGGGCGUGCUGAGUGACUUCAGCCAGGUCUCCAAAGCAACAAUAUUGGCCUGGUUGCUAAGGAGGCUAUAGUCACAUGGGGAAGCCUCCUCCUGGUCACUAUAAUGUGUAAUCGCUCUCGGUGAGGCACGUGAUGAGUUGAGCAUGGAUGCCAUGGAGAAUUGCGUGAAGCCUUCACAUGCGCUAUGACUCUGCAGUGACACGCUCAAGCCACGUGAUAAGAUUAACGGUCUCAAAUUCGGGGAGAACUGAGAUUCGUCCUCUGCCACCUGGAUUGAUGCGAGUCACUAUGCCACCACAAGGACUUAGAGCACAUUGGAAAUUGGGCAUUCCAAAUUGGGGAGAAAGGGGGAGAAAAUUUUUUUUAAUAAGUAGUUUGCGUUCAAUUCAAAUGUGACACCAUUUAAAACAAAAAACAUUUUAUCCUCUUUUCUCCCAAUUUGGAAUGCCCAAUUCCCACUACUUAGUAUGUUCUAGGUUCUCGCGGUGGUGAGGUUAUUCACCUCAAUCCGAUUGGCGGAGGAGGAAUCUCAGUUGCCUCUGCUCCUGAGACAGUCAAUCCGUGCAUCUUAUCACGUGGCUCGCUGUGCAUGACACCGCGGAGACUCACAGCAUGUGGAAGCUCAUGCUAUCUCUGCGAUCCACGCACAAUUGACCACAAGUCUCAUUGAGAGCGAGAACCACUAAUUGCGACGACAAGAAGGUUACCUAUGUGACUCU